AUUUAUAUAGUCAACAGAAUGGAGGAAGGGUGUGAGAUGUAUAUAUAUGUAAAUAAAGAACUAGCUUCCCCGUAUUUGUUUUAUUAUUGAUUAGUAGUAGUAUUUGGAUCUAAUGACAGUACCUUCACAUUCAGUGGUCUUCUUUUUGUUGGUCUCCUUCUUGUUCAGCAGUUGGAUUGUAGUGUGUCGAUCGAUUGAAGUAGAAUCCCAUCAUCAUCAUAAGCAUAAUAAUAAGAAUAAGAAUGCGGCGUUAUUCGUGUUUGGAGACUCAUACUUUGAUCCUGGAAACAACAACUACAUCAACACAUCCACUCUCGACCAGUCCAACUUCCCUCCUUAUGGCGAAACAUACUUUGGCUUCCCCACCGGCCGCUUUUCAGAUGGCCGUAUCAUUCCUGAUUUCAUAUCUGAAUAUGCAAAGUUGCCAUUGAUUCGUCCAUACACGGAGCCCGGCCUGAGUUGGGAAAAGUACAUCAUAUAUGGAGCCAACUUCGCAUCAGCCGGAGCUGGAGCUCUUCUUGAAACCUUUCACGGAUCUGUAAUCAGUCUUCAAACUCAAAUAAGGUAUCAUAAGAGGGUAGAGAAUCGGUUGAGAAAGAUAUAUGGCAAGACUGAGGCCAGAAAGAUAUUGUCAAAAGCUGUCUACUUGUUUAGCAUUGGAACAAACGAUUACAUAAGCCCCUACUUGAUUACCAAUUCCACCCAUUUCAACUCCACCAAGUCUGAUCAGCUCAUAGAAAUCGUGAUCGGGAAUAUAACAACCGCGAUUACAGAGUUGCACAAAAGAGGAGGCAGAAAAUUCGGGUUUCUCAAUUUAGGCCCAUUGGGUUGUAUUCCCGGACUCAGGAUCAUUCUGAAUCCACCAAGUGACUCUGGUGGGUGCAUUAAAGCAGCUUCAUUACUUGCAAAAUUACAUAACCAAGCAUUCAGCGAGGCUCUCAAAGGAUUAGCAAAGCAUCUUCAUGGUUUCAAAUAUUCGCUAUACAACGCCAAUAGCUUCCUCCAGCAUAGACUAAAACAUCCAUCAAAAUACGGUUACAAGCAAGGGAAAACGGCUUGUUGUGGGACAGGGCGGUUUAGAGGAACAUACAGCUGUGGAGGAAAGAGGCCGCCAGUAAAAGAAUUUAAAGUGUGUGAAAAUCCUAAAGACUAUCUGUUUUGGGACUCUUAUCAUCUCACUGAAAGAGCUUACAAAGAAAUGGCCUCUCAAAUGUGGAGCCAAAAAGCCAACACAGGAACUUACAAUCUCAAGACUUUGUUUCAAUUGCAAUAACAUCAUCUAUAUAUCGAUUACGAGUACAAUUUUUUGUAACUAUAUAUAUCUUAGAAUUAAUAUAGAAAUUUAACUGUAUUGAUCAAUUUCAUUAUUACUGGAUGUAUAUGUAUAUAUAGACAUAUUCAAUCUUAUCUUGUAAAGGAAAAGGACUACAUAUGAAUAUUGGUUUGACUAUAUAUAUACACAUCUAUUUAUUUUAAUA